AUGUCGCCCCAUCACGUUGUGUCAGCAUUAUGCAUACAACAGAUGUACUUACAAGUAGCGCCUCGGAUAAAGGUGUUAAAACCUAUUAACAUGUAUAAAAGCCACCGGUUUCAGCUCUCUGCAAAGCACUCUCUACAGUUUGACAUCGCAUUUAACUCAACAAUGUUCCUGGCUAUCGUCGUGCUGGCAGCUCUGAUGGUUCUUCCCCAAGUGGAAGGUGGUUGCUGGGAGACCUGGAGCAGAUGCACCGGCUGGAGCUCCUGGGGAACUGGGAGACUUUGGAAGUCCUGCAACGACCGUUGUAAAGAGCUUGGCAAAUCCGGAGGAAGGUGUGUUCUGAAGGAUGCCUCUGACUGCUGGAUGACAAAGAAGUCCUAUCAAUGUGUUUGCAACAGAAGGAAGUAGAGCCAUUACUGGGCGAUGGCGAGUAAUGCUCGCGGUUUGCAAUGUUACCAAUCUGCCCAAUUAAAAGCAAACUUAACCUUG